AUGGCCCACCAUUCACCGAUGAUAUCUAUUCCCAAGAAGACUACAGAUGAGGUAGAUUGGACAGGUCCCAUCCGCAACGCCAUCUCGCACUCGUACGGCGAGGAUCCAGAUAGCUACGCAACGGAAUGUUCAAACCUACAGCGGUGCAGGCAGGAUGCUGUGAAGGGCGCAGGGAGCGACAUUACAGGCCGGGAUCUUUUAUACAAGUACUUCGGCCAGCUUGAGCUGCUGGAGCUGCGGUUCGCAGAGAUACGGGUGAACUUUCCUUGGCGGGACGCUUUUACGAACAAGCUGAUCACGCAGACGUCGAUUGCGUACGAGAAAGCCUCCAUCAUCUUCCAGAUCGCGGCGACGCACUCGGCCAUCGCAGCGUCGCAAAACAGAUCGGACCCAGAGGGUCUGAAGCGGGCAUUCUACUACUUCCGCGCGUGUGCGGGCAUGCUCACGUACAUCAACGACAACUUCCUGCAUGCGCCAUCCACGGACCUGAGCCGGGAGGUGAUCAAGUUCCUGGUAGGUAUCAUACUCGCGCAGGCGACAGAGGUGUUCUUCGAGAAGUGCACGGACGAGAAGAAGGGGAACGCGCUCGUAGCUAAGAUUGCUGCGCAGACAGCAUUCAUGUACACUUCUCUUAACGAGGAGGUGAAGGAGUUCAUGGGCAAGGGCAUAUUUGACCGCAAUUGGGUCACUGUGAUUCAGACCAAGGCCAAAUACUUCACAUCCGUAUCGCAGUACUACCGAGCACUCGCAGACAAUAGCGCAGGAAAACAUGGUGACGCCCUUGUACGGUUUACCGUGGCCGAAUCCGCUGCGAAAGAAGCGAAUCGCUCCGCGUCGUCCUUCGCGUCCGUGUUCGUGAUGCAAAUGUCGCCGAACCUACCGCCAGACGCGGGGCCGACGCUCUCGGACUUGACGAAGGCGCAUCUGGCCCUGUGCACAGACAGAAAGAACGAGGCGCAGCGGGAGAACGACCUGAUCUAUAAUGCAGUUCUCCCCACGGCUGAAACGUUGGCGCAGAUUGACAAGGCGGCGGUAGCGACGCCGAUUACGAUCCAAGAGGUGUACGCGGCGCCGGACGUGCAGAAGGUGAUCGGUGCGGACAUGUUCGUACGCCUCAUCCCGCUCAGUGUGCACGAAAGCGCAAGCGUGUACUCGGAAGAGAAAGCGAAGCUCGUCCGCGGGGAGGUCGAGAAGGCGGACGAGGCCGAGGCCGAGGUUCGCAGCGUGCUCGACUCGAUGGGUGUCAAGCAGGGGCUCGGGCGCUUCAAGGCAAUGGCGGAGGGUGGCGUGGGCGGGGAAGAGGAGGUGCCCGUCGAGGUGCGCCGAUGGAUAGACGAUAUUGGCGUUAUGGAGAAGAGGGAGGGUGUGGAGAGCAUCAUGACGGAACUCAAUCGACUCAAGGACAGCGUGAGGAAAGAGCUCGAUACCAUCAGCAGGGACUUGGAGAUAGAAAGCAGGGAUUGCGAGGCUAUGCGGGUCAAGUACGACCACUUGUGGACCCAGGGCCCCUCGGCGUCCCUCACGAAGGCUCUUCGACAAGAUCUGAAGUCGCACUUCAGUGCCCUGGACGCCGCGGCGCAAUCAGAUCAGCAAGUCGCAGCUCUAUGGGAUUCAGUGACAGGAGAGAUACGUUUGUUGUUGUCUCCGCAAGUCGAGGACGUGUUCAGGGCGAGCACGGCCCAAUCUGAAGCCGGAUCGGAGAAUCUGCUGGACUUGGACGUCGCUAGUGAGACGAAGGAUGACGAGGAGCGCGCUAAGGUCGCGCAGUUCGUGGACGAGAUUGAAGAACGGUUGGGCAGGCUGAACAAAAUUGGUCAUGAGCGGAAAGAGGUCCUGAAGGAUCUCAAGGAUAAAGUGCAAUCCGAUGAUGUUUCGCAUCUGCUCCUCCUGAAUAGGCGCAAUACUGGUGUGGAAACUAGUCUAUUCGCAGGAGAGCUGGAGAAGUUCCGACCCUACCAACAGCGACUCGCAGCCACUGUACAUCACGAACAGGUCACACUGCAAGAGCUCUCGGCCUUAUGGCGAGGCUUGAAAGAUCUCGCCGGUCGUGGUCCCGGUGCCAGGAAGUGGGAGGAGAGAGAGAGGCGAAAGAACGACACUGUCAGACGCUUUUCCCGCGCAAGAGACGGCUACAUGGAAGUGCGAGACGGUCUGACAAAGGGCCUGCAAUUUUACAAUGAGCUGACCGAGUUAACAACAGUGCUGAAGCGAAACGUGCAGGACUUUGUGUCCAGCCGAAAAGUCGAGCGCGAGACACUUGCCUCACAGGCAGAAACGCAGCGCAGACUCUCCGUUUCACCACCGUCUUCAUCAGUACCGCCACCCUUGGCGGAGAAGCCCCGCGUCCCUCCGCCUCCGGCCCGACCUUCUCUUGCAUCUACUCUUGAAUCGUCCUUUGCAUCUAUGAAUCUACGUGGCAGAAACGGGCCGACGUCGCCACCGGUUCCUCCCCCUGCCGCGACCCAGUGGUCGUCGCCGGCCCCUCAAACAUAUCCUUCCCCUCCGAAUGCCCAGUUACCAAGGGCGCCAUAUCCUACUCCACCGAACUCCCAGCCAGCAAGAGCAUAUCCUAACCCAUCUCCCUCACAAGGGAUAGGACCGUCGUAUGCUCCUCCGCGGCCGAGUAUCCCGCCUUCUCAGCCGCCUUAUCAACAGCCAAUACCUCCUGACCCUUAUGCUGCUUUGGGCAUGUUUGGCAGCAACACUGGCGGCUCUUUUUCUUCUGCUUCCAAUACUGCUCCCAGCUCCGCUCCGCAACCACGUCCACAACAAUCGCCUCAGCAAUAUUCCUACGGGCAGCAACAGCCAACCCAAUAUCUCCCUCCCCAACAGCAGCCCCAGCGGCAGUCGUCGCCAUUUCCUCGGCCGCCCCAACAGCAGCCUCUGUACGGGCAGCCUCAACGUCAGUCUACAUACCCCCCACCUGCGCCAUCGCAGCCUCCGUAUUCGGGUGCAUAUCAGUCUCCGCCUCCAGCAGCAGGGUCUCCGUUCCCACCGCCACCGCCGCCCAUCUCCUACCAGUCGCAGUACGACGUCUCAGCGGCGCCCGCGCCUGCGCAACAGAACGCUUACCAAUACCAGGGCUUCCCGCCUCCGCCGUCUUCGCAGCAGCAGCAGCAACAGCAGCAGUCGCCGUACGGGCAGUACUCGCAGGGGUAUUCACGAUAG